AUGCUACAUACGAUGGAAGGAAAGCACUGAAAAUGCUGAGGGAGCACUACUCAGGAAAAAGCAAGCCACGAAUAAUCAACCUGUACACGUCCUUGACAAAACUACGGAAAGCAGAUAGAGAGUCGACUACGGACUACAUCAUCAGAGCAGAAAACCUGAUUACAGCACUUCGUGAUGCCGGUGAGACUCUCAGUGAUAGUCUGAUCAUAGCCAUGAUUCUUGGAGGACUUCCUGACGCUUACAAGCCAUUAGCUGUACAUGUAACACAAAACGAAGACAAUGUGACAUUUACAGAUUUCAAAAGGAGAUUACGUAUUUACGAAGAGUCAGAGGAAAUUAGUACUGCUGAGCCAACAGACAAUGUGAUGAAAAUGUUCACAAAACAGGAUAGAAAUAUCCAGAAGACGUACACCAGCAGCACUCAAAGUAGAAGUGGAGAUGAAGAUCUGACAUGUUUCAAAUGUGGAUUAAAAGGACACAGAGCAAGAAAUUGUAUCCGAAAAGUGUGGUGCAACUUUUGUAAGAGCAACACACACCAAGAAACCAUAUGCAAAAAGAAAGAUAAACGAGACAAUGUCAAAAAGGUUACUGAUGAACAUUCCAGUGAUUACCUCUUCAAAGCAGCACAAGAAGAAACCAGAGACUCAUUCAGUGGAACUAGCUGAUGGGACAAGAUGCAGUGGAAUGGCCCAAGGAAGAGGAACAGCUACGAUACAUCUAAUGGAUAGCAAUGGACGACAGCACAGGGCACAACUACAAAACGCUCUGUACAUGCCCUCCUAUCCCCACAACAUCUUUUCAGUGGCGAGAGCAGCCGACGGAGGAGCAACCAUAACUUUCAAGAAAGGACAGAGCCACAUGACCACUAAAGAUGGUAACAGAUUUAAAAUACACGAACAUGAGAAGCUGUAUUAUCUACCAACUGUUGAUGCAAAUGAAGAUCAGUGUAAAGUUUGUCAUGACGUACAAACCUGGCACGAGAUUCUAGGACACUACAACUAUGACGAUGUAAUCAAACUCCAAACUG